AUGACCCCGUCUCCGUCUAUCUCGGUGGCAAUCAUCGGCGGCGGCCCCGGCGGCCUCGGCACCGCAAUCGCUCUAUCGCAUCUCCCGUUCGUCACGGUGACACUGUACGAACAAGCGCCCGAACCGCGCGAGGUCGGCGCGGGGAUCAGCAUUGGGCGCAAUGCGUGGAAUGUAUUGAAUUUACUGGGUGCCGCGGAGGGGGUGAGGGGCGGAAGACUCGGAACUUCGUGGCAGCGGAAUGGGAGGACGGGGGAGGUUGUUCGUACCGAUGCGAAUCUGGUUGAUGCAAAUGAACAUGGGCAGAAACAUGUGGAGGAGGAUCUACGGUUCGCGUCCAUCAGGGCUCGACGGACGCGGUUGCAGGCGGCGCUGCUGGAGAAGGUCCCCGAGGGGAUUAUCCAGUUUGGGAAAAAGUUGGUUGAGAUUCGGGAUCUGGGGGAGGGGGAGGGGGAGGGGGUCCAGCUGCGGUUCAAGGAUGGUACAAAGACGACGGUGGAUUUUGUGGUUGGGGCUGAUGGGAUUCGCUCGAUCGUCCGCCGGACCUUAUUCCCGGACCACCAUCUCCAUGUAACAGGAAACACCGCAUUCCGUGUUCUAAUCCCGCUCUCCUCAAUCGCUCAUGUGAAGGACUUCCCCGCUGAGAAUGGGUGGUGGCACGGCUUGAACGGGCAUAUCUACUUCGCGCCAGUGGAUGACGAGUCCGAGGACCAGGACGAGCCCCGGCUCUUCGAGGUCACUGUCCGGUCUUACAAUGAACCUAUCUCCCCCGAUAGGGCGGCGACGUGGGCAAUUCCCGUGACGAAUGAGAAGGUUCUUUCUAGGACGGGGGAGUACGACCCCCGCAUCCAAGCCGUCCUCCGAGCUGUCCCAGAGGGCUCAUGGCGAGAGUUCGCAAUGGUCGCGGGCCCCUGUCUGCCGGAAAUCACCGCGUGGGACAAAGUAGCCCUGAUCGGAGAUGCGAGCCAUCCGCUCUCGGGCGCAUUCGGGUCCGGGGCUGCAUUUGCGAUGGAGGAUGGGUGGAUUCUGGCACGGGCGUUGGAGAGCGAGUUUCCGAGAAGUGGGAACGGGGAUAUUGAUAAAGCACAAACGGUUAGGAAUGCACUGCGGAUCUUCCAGCGGAUUCGGGGGCCGUAUUAUGAGCGCAUGUAUGAUUUCCUGGCUAGUCGAGAGAAACAUUCACAAGGAACUAGGAAGGAAGGAGACUCCGACUUUGAGAGCAUUAUCAAGACGAGGGUAGCAGGGCUUGGGUUCGUUGCAGGCGGCAAGAUGGACUGGAUCUAUAAGAAUGAUAUCGAGCAGGUCUGGAAGGAGUAUGUUGCUGGGGAGCAGGCGGCGAGACUAUAA